CUGUGGCACACAGGUGAAGUUGCAGCUUGCGUUCCUCAGUGUGGCGUGACGAAUGAGAAGAUCACCAGCAAUAUACACGACUAUUGGAAUCCAAAAUGUGGACCACGUUAUUUCUCGUCGCUUCUCUCGGCGCGAUAUGGUUCAUCUCCAAGCGCAAAGCAGUCGUAAAGCUCAACAUGCCUUAUGUGCAGUUUGACGGCAACAAUUCCGAUGCGAGAUACAUAUCUGAGACCAAGAGCCUUAUGGAAAGAGGCUAUUACAAUUACAUCAAAAGUGGCCAAGCGUUUGCCAUCAGGAAUCCGGUGGAUGAAAAACAUCCACAAGUCAUCCUGCCUAUGAAAUACCUGGACCAGGUCCGCAAUGCACCACAGAGCGCUUUUGACUUCUACCCCUUUCUGAAAAAGGCAUCCGUUAUGGAGGAUAUCCAUGGGUGCUGGCUCACCAAUACAGCGAGCGACAUGGUCAGGGUUGAACUGACCAAAGCGUUAACAAGCAUGAUACCCAGUCUGGACGAAGAAUGCUUGCGGGCCUGCGACAAGAUAAUCCCUCCUUGUGAAGGUGUAUACUCCCUUUCAAUGCAAACUCCUUUUUCGAUGUCCUCUCUAACCUUGCUAGACUGGAGUCAGAUCAUGCCAUUUCAAGUGCUGCUACCAAUUUUUGCGUAUACUACUGCAGUUGUCUUGUACGGAACUGAACUGUGUCACGAUGAGGAUUGGAUGGGCAUGAUAUUGGCCUAUAUCCCGAGUGUCAUGAUGGCACCCAUAAGUGUCACCGAGAAAUACCACCCAUCGUUACGUUGGCUGGCAAAAUACUUUGACACUCCCACUAAAUCAGUCAUUCAGUUGCGUCGCCGGGCCGGGGAGCUAUUGCAGCCCAUUCUAGCCACCCAUGCGAAGGGUACUCCGUCGGGCAAGACUUCAGCGUCGGGCAAUGCCAUUCAAUGGUUGAUAAGUCGAUAUCAAGACCAAGGCAAGGUACCGACAUCAGAUGAUCUCGCCCAGGACAUUCUUUUCGUCACUGUUGCCGCUACUCAGACAACGCCAGCAGUGGGAACAUCCAUCUUGUUUGACCUAAUGGACCGUCCAGACUCCGUGACCGAUAUCCAGGAGGAGAUUUCGCAGGUGUAUGAUGAGAAGGUCGGAUGGACGCGAAGCUCCCUGGCAGACUUGAAGGUCCUUGAUAGCUUCAUGAAGGAGAGUAAAAGGGUGCACACAUUCACACAAGUGACGGUCGAGAAGAUGGCCAUGCAAUCUCAUACUUUCGACGAUGGCUUGCAUAUUCCCGCCGAGACUCAGAUCUCGUUUCCGAAUCAGCAGCUGAACUUGGACGAUGAUAUUACCCCGGACGCCAAAACAUUUGAUCCGAAACGCUGGCUCAGAAUGCGGCAGGGCGCGGAUAGAGCAAAGUUCCAUUUCGCUUCUGUCUCGGAUGACUCGAUUACUUGGGGCAGUGGCUACCAUGCGUGCCCCGGUCGGUUCUUGGCUCAAGACACGUUGAAGCUCAUGUUCACACGCUUGCUGACUCACUAUGAGUUCAAGUAUUUGGAUGGAACUCAAGAAAGGCCCCCGGAUAUGUAUUAUGGAUUUGGUGUGGCUCCGAACAUGGCAACACCAAUUCUGAUCCGGAAGAAGAGUUCUAUCUCAAAAUAGACAUCCCAUUAGAGGGUAUUAGGGACCAGACAUGCUAUGUUUAGCCAUUCAUACCAUGGAGAAGUAACAUAGAAUGUUAUUCUUACAUAGCAUGUUAAUUGAACAUAGUAGUAAAAG